AUAAGAUAAGGGUGAGCUGAGACUGACAGGAGUGCUUCUCUCCAUCUUAUCAUGUUUAUUUUCAUCAUUCUUUUUUUAUAUGCCAUGAAUCUGCUAUGCAUGAUGUCAAACGUUAAAGGAAAUACUUGUGAACUUCAGAAAGCUCAAAUGGUGAUUAUGCCCAAUGUUAUUGAAAUGAUGAGCCGUGAGCACACAAUCAGCUGCUCAGCUCCACAGUGUCUCUCUGGUGUGAGGUGUCGCUUCUAUAGGGGAGCUGAAUCAGAGCCGUUCAGAUCAGGGAGCUCAGACAGCAACCAGUGUGACUUCACUGCAAGUGGAGGAGAGCUGCUGGGAGAUGUGGAUCUAAAGAGUGAAGGCUAUCUGCAAUUCAGUUGUGAUUAUGAAAAUAUUAUCAACAGUGAAACCUCUGGGAGAAGUGACAACCUGAAAGUAAUAGUGAAGGAGCUUGUGAAAGCUGAAAUCAAAAGAGCAAGCACAGAGGAUCAGAAGAUUGAAUCUGUCAUGAUGAGAUGUGAAGGGGAUCGGCUAGUUAAGGGAUUUUGUCAUUUUUAUAAGAAUGAAGCUCUUUUCAGAUCAGAGACAUAUGCCACAGGUGUAAAAGCCUGUGUGAUUUCUGUGUUUAAGUAUCAACUAUUGGAUCAAAGAUCAGUAAAGAAUGUCACUCAAGUGAACCUGAGCUGUGAAAUUGAAGUCAUAAGAGAAAAUGACAAGUGGACAUCACGCCGCAGUAUGAAGGUGACAGUAGAUGUAUAUGGUAAUCUCGGUAAACCAGCAUUGAGUGUAACAUCUGACAUAACUGGAAAGGAAGAAGCAGUAACGCUGACAUGUGAAUUGCCUCAGACAAUCCAUGAAGCUCACUGCAAUUUCUACAGAGAUGACGAUUCGCAUCCAUUCAAGUCAAAGAGCUCAGAAGAUAACAAGUGUGAGCUGUCUGUGGAUGGACAUGAACUGCUAGGAGGUCGAGCUACAGGGAUGGAGACUGAGAUUCAAUUGAGGUGUGACUACACUCUGAAUAUGAGCCCAGAGAUUCAUUCACAGUACAGCAAGAACAGGAGUGUAAGAGUGCUGGAUAUUCCAAAACCAGAGAUUUAUUUCUAUGAUGAAAAUAAAACUUCAAUUCUCUGUAAGGCUCCUGACAAUGUCACUGAAGUUCUGUUCAGCUUGUAUCAGGAGGGAGAAGAAGAAUGGCCUGAGAGUAAAAAGGCUGAAAAGAAUCAGAACUUUGUUAUCUUUGAAACUUCAAGGCAAGAUGGUAAGAAGCCUCCACGCUACUGGUGUCAAUAUGAGUAUAAGGGAAUAAAAUCACCCAAAAGUGAUGUAAUCCACACAGAUAAAGGUAAACCAGCAUUGAGUGCAACAUCUGAUAUAACUGGAAAAGAAGAAGCCGUAACGCUGACAUGUGAAUUGCCUCAGACAUUCCUUGAAGCUCACUGCCAUUUCUACAGAGAUGACGAUUCGCAUCCAUUCAAAUCAAAGAGCUCAGAAGAUAACAAGUGUGAGUUGUCUGUGGAUGGACAUGAACUGCUAGGAGGUCGACCUACAGGGAUGGAGACUGAGGUUCAAGUGAGGUGUGACUACACUCUGAAUAUGAGCCCAGAGAUUCAUUCACAGUACAGCGAGUACAUGAGUGUAAGAGUGCUGG